AUGAAGUCGAGGCAGCCAGUGAAGAACCGCAUCAACAUGCACGACAUCAUCGCGCAACCGCUUGGCGCUCUCGCAGGCGCCGUCGACGCGAUUCUGCGCCGCCCCGAGGAGCUGGACGACGUCGAGGUGCAGAGCAUCUUCACGGAGGCCUCCUUCAUCAUCCUCCGUGCAGAGGAGGCGCUGGCGGCGCGAGAUGCUGACGCGUUCUGCGCACUCUUCAAGCUUUUCUCGGAGGGUUUCGCACAUAAUGAGGCGUCAUUCGAGAAGGGCAUAGAAACCUUUGGGGCCAACGGCGCCCUCCUGCAGAUGCUGCGCGGUAUCUUCCACGGAGCGGUGAAUCAGCGUGCCUUUCCAGUACAGAGCCCGGCCGUUGUUGCACUCGUGCAGGCCGUCGGUGGUCUUUGCGACGGCGCCAACAUAAAGGACACGUGUGGGGCUCUGUUUAUGGAAGACAUUGCCGCCAUGCUGGAUGGCAUCUACCGCCGUAACGGGGAGGAGGCGCGGUCGUGCUUUCUGGCGCAGCGUGCGGCAGCAACAGCUCUCAUUAACUUGGUGAAGGGGUCUAGACAGAACAAGCAGCGAGUUUCCUCAUGGAAGUUCUUGGCCGACUGCUGCGCGUUGAGUGUGGACGUUUUUUUCCAGCUGCAGUGUAUCGAGUUGCUCUUUCGCGUGUCGCGCCACAACAAGUCGCUCCUCAGAAACCUCGACAGCCGCCUGCCUCCGCACAUUGUGGAUAGCAUCCGCGCACUCCCAAAUGAUGCGACGCUGCUGAUGAAAAUGAUAGACCUGCUCCAUGACAUCAAUAAGGAGCGGGAGGACGUCUUGUCGUUCCCGUUGAGCCAUGCAGAUGUGGCUCACACAAGCAUUAUGGAACAGACGGUGUCGUACUUUACAUCAAAUUACUUUGUCGUGCUUGUGACAUCCUCCAACGCUGACAAUGUCACCAUUCCGUACAGAUCAAUACGUUCCGUGACUCUUGGAAAAGACGGACGUGUCAUAUUUCGACUUAAUGAGUUCCCGACGAAACUCGAGGCGCUUCUGAACCAUGCGGCCGACGAGGAUACUAUCACGAUCUUCAUGAGCGUAGAGCAGCUGACACUCUUCAAGGAGUCCCGCAUACGCUCGUGGAUUGUUGCCGCGCUGGAUGCCAAGAGUGGGCGUAAGAGAAACGGUGCGACGGGUGGAAACGGCGCUGCAGACAGCGUGACUCCACCGCCGUUGAAUGGCGUGCCCAGUGAUGACAAGCCCAAGCGACAUCGUUCGGAGUCUAUGCAGUUGACAGGUAGCGAGUCCAACGUGGUUACCGCUUUCGAGAAGAUUAUCAAGGCAUCCGAUAAAAACGUGGAGAACAUGUUGGAGCAGAUGAAAAAGCUUGUGAGUUCUAAAGCAGAGUCGAAGCAUCAAGAGACAGCGGCUAUUCUUCAUGCGUCAAUGAAUGAUAUACAACGGCUGGUGGACGAGGGGCGCUCGACGACUGACAGCUACCGCGACGAGCUGAAAGAAGGAGUGGAGGGGAACAUCCAGAGCAUAGAGCAGCGACUCCAGGUCUCACAAUCAAAGGUUGCAGAGUCUGUGGAGAAGCUGAACCAGGUGCUGCAGGAUCUGAAAACAAGCAAUACGGCUAUUCACGAACACCUGGCGUGUAUAGAGAUUGAUUUACAACAAUCAUUAGAGGUGAGUCGUGAAAAGGAGGCCAACUUAUGCAAGUCACUUAAAACAGAAUGCGAAGAAGACAUUGGACGACUUGAGGCAUUACUCGACCGCCACCUUAUGGGCCGUUCAAAUCCAUUGAACGUGAUUUCCGAGUUUCUUCAAACCAGUACCAGCAGAAACAUCUUCUAG